AUGUCUGCGCCAUUCGGUGCUCUGCCUACGGGCUCACUGAUCAUCAAGGCUUCCUGCGAUGAGAGGCUCAAGAGGCUGGCAUUUGGCCCCCCGCUCGAGGCCCUCAGACAUGUAGAAGUGAGGGAACGCGUGGCGGAAAUUUUGCAGCUGGACGAUGCUACACCUUUCGCAGUAUGCUGGAACGACGACGAUGGCGAGACGGUGCGUUGUCCGAGAUACGGUUUGCCGGUAUUGAGGGUUCAAUUCAGCUAAGUUCUUUUGCCCCACAUACCCUCCGCCCCCGUCUCCUGAACUGCCCUCUAGUGCGAGAUCGAGUCAGAUGCCGAUCUGCGAGAAGCUCUCAUCUAUCACGCCCCUUCAGAUCCUGCAAGGUUACACGAGACGGUAACCAUGCGCGUCGUGGUCCGCAUCGACGCCGCCAUCGACUUCAGCGACUUCAGCAGCAACUCUUCAGCUUUUGCCGCACCGAGGAGUACGCGAUCUGCGGUGCGUCUGCACCUCUAGCUCCGACGACUCUAUACUAAGCUGAAUUGUACGACUUUCUUCCUCGUCUGCGCAGAGCCUAGCAGGAAGCUUCUAUCGCCCGCCUCCUCCACCUUCGCCGCCUUCAUUCUUUGCAAAUAGCGAGGCAGACGUGGAUGAGGACGAAGCCAGAAGCGCGUGGGCUAGUACAUCAGCGGGGAGUAUCGCAAACAAAGCCUCUUCUACGUCAUCGGCGUCAGAUUGGAGCUACGUCGACCAAGACCGCGAGGAGCGAGAUUCUUCGUCUCUCGCUAGCUGGUCUCGCGACGGCGCGUCCACAGACUAUGCGCUUCAAAGCGGUUCAUCCAAUGACAGUGCGAUCGAUGUCCUGGAGGCGACUUGGGAAAGGGCGCGAAACGGACGAGCGCAGCCGCCUGGCCCGACAUCUAAUGGUCUGGACCUGUUGAGCUGGCGAAAUGCGCUGCCUUCGCGCUCCAGGUCAUCGUCAUCUUCAUCGGGCUCGGACGCGACGGAAGCCGGUCGUUCUCCGCGCUCCAACAUUGCUGCGCUCGAUGCCUUGAGGUUGCAGUCUCGUGCCCUGGCUCAAAGCGCAGGGCAAGCACCACACCUCGGAGUCACAUGUUCGACGUGUGGAAUCCAGCCAAUCAGAGGACCUAGAUUUCAUUGCACCGAGUGCCCCGAAGGUGUAGAUCUCGUAAGUUGAUCUGUUUGAAAAACUCUUCGACGACCGUCUUAUACUCCCCCCUUCUGCAGUGCACGCCUUGCGAGGCAGCUUCCCAAUUCACUAGUGCAGCCGGUCACUCUGCCUCGCAUGCUAUGCUCAAAGUUCAAACGCCAAUCAGCUCUGUUAGUGUAGCUUCGGCGCUUGGCACUGCACUGAUGUCUACCCAACAGCGAUUGUACGCCGAAGCAGCCUCUGCGGGAGUGCGUGGAGCCCCUCCAGCCUUUCAGCAGAGCUUCGACGCAGCAGGCAACGAGCUGCGCGUGCCGGGAGAGUGGAACAGUGCGAAUUUCGCACGCGACACGUCAGCUACGUGCGAUUACUGCAAUGGCAAUCUGGAAGAUGUGCGCUUUCUGUGCGCAAAUUGUCCCCUCCAGAUCAAUAACGGCGAAGGUUACAAUCUUUGUCAGACUUGCGAGAGACACUCAUUACAGGUCGGUUUGAGGCGCUUCUGCACAAUUCGAAGUUCGAGACUCUGAGCUGAAUGCGCUACUUUUCAUGCAUGCAUCACCAGUGCCAUGACCCAGCUCAUUUCUUCUUGAAGAUAAGGAUACCUAGAGGACAGCCUGCGCAACUCAGGCUCGAUGCUCACAUGCACGAUUUCCGAGAAGCCCUCUUGCCGAUGCUGUACAAGGAUUUGGUCGGGGACGAGUCCGCGUCCUCUGCAGGCAGUAGCAGUGGUGCGAGCAACACGAUUUUGAACUACAGAAUGGCUCGAGAACUUUUUGCUCGGGGGCAGAGAGACGCUCCAUCUGCCAAUGCGCAAGCAGCCUGGCCCAAUGCAUCUUCUUCGACGACGCUAGUGCCAUUUGGACAGCGUCAAUUGCCCGACUUGCCCGGCUCAAUCCGGGCUCGCAUAGGCCACUGGGGAAGACAGCUUCGAGACGAGUAUGAACUUCGUCAACUCGUCCCGGCCGGCUUUGGGUCGACAAAUUCUCCUGGAGAUGCUGCAAUGGCCACAAAGAGGCAAAAUUUGGUCCCCGUCGAGAGUUUGGUGCACCCUUCGACGAUGUGCGAUGGCUGUUACGAGGUGAUUUCUGGUGAGGCAAGAUGCAAAGCCUGUUUCCUAUUCUCCGCUCGCUAGGCUGACGCUCCACAUCUAUCGCAUGCAUUUUGGGCCUGUAGGACCCUGGUUGCGAUGCUGCAACUGCCCAGCAAGCUACGACGUUUGCGAAGCCUGCGAGGCUAGGCUGGGCCAUAAUCCUAGGCACGCCUUUGCCGUCUUCAAGCAACCUCUGGAUUUGGACUUGUUUAGAUCGGCAGUAGAUAUGGAGGACAACAGAGCUAAUCGACCUCUGCUUCCCUUUCUCCUCACUUGA